AGCAUUUCAUCAAACACCUCACGUUUUAAACCCAAGUGUGUUAAAAAGCUCAGCUGGGCAUUUCAUCGAACACAAGACGCUCAUAUAAUGCUCUUCGCUCUCACGUUUUAAAUCCCCGACCUUUUGCUCUUAUAUUUCCCUCCAAACCUCACCUUCAAUGGCGCUCCAAUGGCCUCCUCCGCCCUCGCUUCUCUCCCCUUCCCUUUCGCCACCCUUCUCCCAAACACUAACAAGAGACCAACUCGUCUCUUCUCUACCACCCUCGCUGCGGAACCGAUCUCUAGCCCAUCCCCCUCUCUCAAUGUCGUCAUUGCUGGUGGUGGCUCUGGUGGUCACAUCUUCCCGGCGAUUGCCAUUGCCGAUGAGCUCCGUGCUGAUGCUCGCGUUGUCUUCCUUGGCACUAGCACUGGCAUGGAGCGGGAAGUCAUCCCUGCUGCUGGGUAUGAGUUUGUGCCUAUUCCGAAGGUCAAGCUCUCCCGCCCCUUCCUUUCCCCGCUGAACCUCCUUCUCCCUUUCAAGCUCCUCCGUUCCAUCGUUGCCAGCUUACGAGUUCUCCGUAAGAUUCGUCCUGAUAUCGUUGUUGGCACUGGAGCCUAUGUCUCCGCCCCUGUUCUCUUCGCCGCCGCGCUUUCUGGCAUCCGGCUUGUCAUCCAGGAGCAAAACGCUUACCCUGGACUUACUAACCAGGUCAUUGCGCCUUAUGCUGAGAAGAUUUUCCUUGCUUUCAAUGCUUGCUUGAAGUACUUUCCCAGAGAUAAGUGUGUGGUUUGUGGGAAUCCAAUCAGGCUUUCUCUCAGCCAUCAUGCAUCCAAGGUUGAUGCAAGGUUGCAUUACUUCCCCAAGGCUGGGGAGAAUGCGCAGGUUGUGCUUGUGCUUGGGGGAUCAACAGGGGCUACGGCACUUAAUGAUGCAUUUUUAAAGAUGUAUCAUGACAUGCUGGUGGAGCAUGACAAUAGGUAUAUCAUAUGGCAGACGGGUGCAGAGUGGCACAAGGAGGUCGAGAGCCAUGUCAAGAAACAUCCCCGGUUAUUGUUAACACCGUUCUUGCAUGCAAUGGACUUAGCUUAUGCAGCAUCGGACGUUGUUGUUUCUCGAGCUGGCGCUAUGACUUGCACUGAAAUCUUAAAUGCUGGGAAGCCCUCCAUUCUGAUACCAUCACCUACUGCUGCAGAAGAUCAUCAAACAAAAAACGCAUAUACGAUGGCAGAUAUUGCCGGAUCAAAAGUGAUUAUUGAAGAUGAACUUGAUUCAACUAGCCUUGAAUCCGCAAUUAAUGAAGUCUUAGGGGAUGAGAAUUUGAUGAGAGAGAUGUCCGAGAAGGCGAUAAGAGCUGCUCGGCCCAAUGCCUCUUCAGACAUUGCUCAAUGCAUUCUGUCCAUGGUGAAGACAUCCUCUGCUUAAAAAAAAAAAAA